AUGGUUUCUGUUUCCACUAUCCUGAACGGUUAUCGAAACACUGACCCACGGCCUCCGAAGACGGCGAAAAAGCCGAAACGUCAGGCAAAUAAAAAGGUUCCAUCUAAAAACCUCGCAGGCACAGUAUCACAAAACAUAGACUGUAUAGAGAAUAACAGUAUUAUCGUUCAAUACCGAAGAAUUUGUACGACGAAGAUUCUUGAAGCUAGCGAGAGUGAGAACUCAGAACAACGUGAACCAAUUCUCCCACAACGUAGCACCUCAGCCACUAAACGAUAUCGAAAAUCAAAAAUGGCGAAGGAGGAUGGCCUCAUCUCAAACCUUAAAUCCUACCCUCCAGCCGUAUUUCUUAUGCUCGGGAAUGAGUUCUGCGAGCGUUUCUCGUUCUAUGGGAUGAAGGCGAUUCUCACGCUCUAUUUCAUCUACGAACACGGUUACACCGACAGUUUCGCCACUUUGAUUUACCAUGCGUUCACCUGCCUCGCCUAUUUGUCACCGUUAGCCGGAUCUGUACUCGCCGACUCGUACCUAGGAAGAUUUAAGGUUAUUCUGUACGGUUCAUCCAUCUACGUGCUUGGCCAUGUGUUGCUAUCAUUUGGUGCGGUGCCCAGUCUCGGUUUAGCGUUGAGAUCGGUGUUCGAUUUCGGUGGACUGUUUGUGAUCGCUCUCGCCACUGGCGCAAUUAAACCGUGUGUUUCUGCUUUUGCUGCUGAUCAGUUCUCUGAAGAACAACAAGAUCUUCGCGCUCAGUUCUUCUCGUUUUUUUACUUCGCGAUUAAUGGCGGUUCUCUGUUCGCCAUCAUUCUUACGCCUAUACUAAGAGGACGAGUGAGCUGCUUUGACUCACAGUACUGCUUUCCGCUAGCAUUUGGUGUUCCUGGUGUGUUGAUGGUGGUGGCGUUGCUGUUCUUCUUGGCUGGCUGGAAAUGGUACAAAAAGUGUCCACCAAGCCGUGAAAAUGUGGCAGGAGCGGUGAUUAGUUGUAUGUGGACAGCAGGGAAACGAACACUAUUCGGGCGCUCCACUAAACCAGUAGCGCAUUGGUUGGAUCGUGCUGCACCGGAACACAGCCCAGAGAUGAUCCAAGCCGUAAAAUCCUUCGUUAACGUGGCCGUCAUCUUUGGACCAUUGGUGUUCUUUUGGGCGCUUUUCGAUCAACAAGGUUCCACAUGGGUACUUCAAGCACGUCGAUUGAAUGGACGAGUUGGUUGGAUCACUUUCCUCCCGGAACAGAUCAAUAUCCUCAAUCCGCUUAUCGUAAUCAUAAUGGUGCCGGUUUUUGAAGGAAUCAUAUAUCCAACGGCUAGAAAGUUCUUCCACGUGACUCCACUUCGUAAAAUGGCGUUAGGUGGUCUGCUCACCGCUACCGCCUUCAUUAUGGCUGGUCUCCUCCAGUUGGAAGUAAACAAUACGAUCGAGACGCCACCAGCGGCUGGACGGGUCUACCUACAACGAAUUGGUAACGCCAGUCACGUGCACUCAUUCCAGCGCAUAGAUGAUGUUGCUACUAUCAUAGGAGAUCUACCCACUGGGCGAACGGAACUCGAUGCUGGUAUGUACAGUAUAAAGGUUGGAGACGAGACGCACACGCUGAAUCUCACUAUUCCCAGGAAAGGAUAUGUGUUCGGUUUAUACUCUGAAAACGAUACCGCGUCACAUAUCUUCACGUUCAUGUACGCGACAGAAAAAACGGACAAUGGUGCUUCAAGGAUUUAUUUCAUGGUACCAGAAGGAGAUGCUGGUCAAGUAUUCGUAGUGAAUCACAAAAACCAAGUGGUCUCGUCACAAAACUUGACUUCUGGGAAUUUUGUCGACAUUCGACCGAGAUUCAUCGAUAAUGGAGAGUACACACUUUAUUAUGGCAAGAAUUGUGAGGACACGUCUUGUCCAAGAAAGAUUCCGUUCACGGCAGCUAUGGGAUCCGCACAUGUUCUGCAUGUACACGAUAACUCGAUGGAAGGGGACUACCAUGAGUUGGUUCGUCCAAACACGGUGUCGAUCUUGUGGGUACUACCGCAAUAUUUCGUCAUUACUCUUGGCGAAGUUCUGCUGUCCGUCACCGGUUUGGAGUUCGCAUACUCUCAAUCCGCACCCAAUAUGAAAAGUGUUCUCCAGGCUCUCUGGCUAUUAACCGUUUUCAUGGGGAACGUGAUAGAUAUGGCGAUCAGCGGAACGCACAUCAUCCCUGAACCAGCAACAGAGUUCUUCUUCUAUGCGUUGCUGAUGAUCCUCACAAUGGGAAUAUUUAUAAUCUUAGCUAUGCGAUACACAUACGUCGAGAAUGUAGAGGAAGCUCAGCCAAUGCAAAAGAAGGAAAAUAUCGAUUCUGAAGACACAAAAUGCUAG